AUGAGUAUAACAAGUGAAGAACUAAACUACUUGAUAUGGAGGUAUUGUCAAGAGAUGGGACACGAGGUGAGUGCAUUAGCAUUGCAGGAUGAAACAAGAGUAUUGGAAUUUGAUGAGAAGUAUAAAGAACACAUUCCUUUGGGUACACUGGUGAAUCUAGUACAAAGGGGAAUCUUGUAUACAGAAAGUGAGUUAAUGGUUGAUAGUAAAGGUGAUAUCAGCGCUUUAAAUGAACAUCAUCUUUCUGAAGAUUUCAAUUUGGUUCAGGCGCUGCAAAUAGAUAAAGAAAAAUUUCCUGAGAUCUCUUCUGAAGGAAGGUUCACUUUGGAAACCAAUUCCGAGAGUAAUAAAGCAGGUGAAGAUGGCGCUAGUACUGUUGAAAGAGAAACCCAAGAGGACGAUACUAAUUCUAUUGACAGUAGUGAUGACCUAGACGGAUUUGUCAAAAUACUGAAGGAGAUAGUAAAAUUAGAUAAUAUUGUUUCCUCCACUUGGAAUCCAUUGGAUGAAUCUAUACUCGCAUACGGUGAAAAAAAUUCUGUUGCAAGACUAGCGAGGAUAGUAGAAACCGAUCAAGAAGGGAAAAAAUACUGGAAACUCACGAUAAUAGCGGAGUUGAGACAUCCUUUUGCUCUGAGUGCAAGUAGUGGUAAAACGACGAAUCAAGUCACAUGUCUUGCUUGGUCACACGAUGGUAAUUCAAUUGUCACGGGUGUAGAAAAUGGUGAGCUAAGACUAUGGAAUAAGACGGGGGCACUUCUGAAUGUUUUAAAUUUUCAUAGAGCACCUAUAGUAUCCGUUAAAUGGAACAAAGAUGGAACACAUAUCAUAUCCAUGGACGUGGAAAAUGUCACUAUACUCUGGAAUGUUAUAAGCGGGACCGUCAUGCAGCACUUUGAAUUAAAAGAAACCGGUGGCUCAUCCAUCAACGCAGAGAACCAUAGUGGCGAUGGUUCACUUGGGGUUGACGUUGAAUGGGUAGACGAUGACAAAUUUGUCAUUCCUGGCCCUAAAGGUGCUAUAUUUGUAUACCAAAUUACAGAAAAAACGCCCACUGGUAAACUUAUUGGACACCAUGGACCUAUCAGCGUUUUGGAGUUCAAUGACACCAAUAAACUUCUACUUAGUGCCUCAGACGAUGGUACUCUAAGAAUAUGGCAUGGCGGUAACGGCAAUUCUCAGAAUUGCUUCUACGGACACUCACAAAGCAUAGUAUCGGCAUCAUGGGUCGGUGAUGAUAAGGUAAUAUCCUGCUCGAUGGAUGGCUCCGUUCGCCUAUGGUCGCUGAAGCAGAAUACGCUAUUGGCUCUAUCAAUCGUGGAUGGUGUCCCAAUUUUUGCUGGAAGAAUAUCACAAGAUGGACAGAAGUACGCAGUUGCUUUCAUGGAUGGGCAGGUAAACGUCUACGAUUUAAAAAAACUGAACAGCAAGUCACGAAGUCUUUAUGGUAACCGUGAUGGGAUUUUGAAUCCAUUACCAAUUCCCCUCUACGCUAGCUACCAAAGCAGCCAAGACAAUGAUUAUAUAUUUGAUCUGUCAUGGAACUGUGCGGGAAACAAGAUUUCUGUAGCAUACUCGCUUCAAGAAGGUUCAGUUGUAGCCAUAUAA